AAUGCAAUGAUAAUGAAAUGGAACCACCCCUCUCCCUCUCUCUCUCUCUCUCUCUCUCUCUCUCUGGGGCUCUGGGGAAACCGCCUUCUCUCCCGUCAGAGAUUCUUUGUUUUGUUAUGCGACGCCCCGACCCCGAUGCCUCGCUCUCCACCAUCCGAUCCCUCUCUCUCUCUCUCUCUCUCUCUCGCUCGCUCUAGGAAGAGAGCGACCGGAAACAAGAAAAGAAAAACAACGAUAAAACGAUAAUAGGAAAAGAAAAAUCGUAUUCUCGGACACGGGGGUAGAGUCAUAUUCCGUUUCUUGAUUCUAUUUAGAUCCCAUAUUCUCACCCCCCCCCCCCCUCUCCCCACACCCUUCCCUUUCCCCUUGUUCGGAUCUCUCUAUGCGCGCCUCGCAGCAAGCUCCAUAUAACCCUCCCCUGUCCUUCCAGACUCAUCAGAGAGAGAGAGAGAGCGACCCAUAAACAGUAGAAAGGGAGAGAGAGAGAAGGAGGAGGAAAGAGAAGGGGAGAUAGGGGAGGCAUGAAUAAUAGUCAUCAUCAGUUCCAGAAAAUGCAGAGCCACAUGGAAGCUUUGGAGGAAGAGAAGCGCAAGAUACAAGUCUUCCAGCGCGAGCUCCCUCUUUGCUUGGAGCUUGUGAACCAAGCGAUCGAGUCGUGCAGGCAGCAGUUAUCUGGGACGACCACGGAGUACAUGCAGGGAGGCCAAUCCCAGUGUUCCGACCAAACUUCGACUGAUGGUCCGGUUUUGGAGGAAUUCAUUCCUAUCAAGAGAAUUUGCUCGGCUUCUGAUGAUGAAGAAGAAGAAGAAGAAGAAGAAGAAGAAGAUGAGCAACAUUCGCACAAGAAGCCUAAGAGCGACAACGCCACUGAUAAAAAGAAAUCUGACUGGCUCAGAUCUGCUCAGCUGUGGAAUCAGACCACCCCAGGUCCCCCUCUUCAACAGGAGUCUACACCGAGAAGGGUAUCGGUGGUGGAGGUGACGAGAAAUGGCGGGGCUUUUCAGCCUUUCCUUAGAGAAAACAAGAGUCCCGUGAAGACCACCAGUCAAGAUAAUGAUCAUCAGAACAAAAUCAACCAAUCUCUGGUCGAAUUACGUUCGCCGGUCCCGGCUGCCGCCACGAGCUCGACGGCGGACACCACGAAGUGCAACGGCAACGGAAGCAGGAAGGAGGACAAGGAAGGGCAGGCUCAGAGGAAGCAACGGCGGUGCUGGUCGCCGGAGCUGCACCGGCGGUUCUUGCAAGCCCUUCAACAGCUUGGUGGUUCACAUGCUGCAACCCCGAAGCAGAUCAGGGAUCUGAUGAAGGUGGAUGGGCUUACUAACGACGAAGUCAAAAGCCAUUUGCAGAAAUACCGGCUGCACACCAGAAGGCCGAGCCCGACCAUCCAGCACAACAGCAACCCUCAAGCCCCUCAGUUCGUGGUGGUGGGGGGCAUAUGGGUCCCGCCGCCGGAGUACGCGGCGGUGGCCGCCGCCGCCGCCUCCACGACGACCACGUCCGGGGAGGCGCCGAAGCCCGCCGCCGCCGCCGCCGCCCCGGCCGGGGUCUACUCGCCGCUGGCGAUGGCGCCGCAGCAGCAGAGGAACCCAUCCAAGGACCGCUCGCCGUCGCAUUCGGAAGGGAGAGGGAGCCACAGCGCCGGGGAUGCGCAUUCUAAAUCGCCGUCUACGGCUUCUUCCACUCAUACCGCCGCGUCUUCUCCUGUGGAUUGAUUUCGAUUCUUUCCUUCUUGUCUUAGUGCAGAGAGUGAACCCAAAAAAAAAUAAGAAAAA